AUGCAUCUUGUCCAAGUUGGAAAGCUCGCUGCUCUGGCCAUGGCCGGGCUCGCCGUCGCCCAUCCAGGCGUCCACGAGCCCAGCUCCUACACGGCCUUGACCAAGAAGAACUUCCUCCACAACGCCCGACGCAGCCUGGACAAAUGCUCCGACACCCUUGAACGCCGCGGUGUCAACGCCCGCGCCGAAGCCCGCCGUGCCGCGAUGGUUCAGAUGCACCAGAAGCGCUCUCUGUCCACCCGCGACACCAACAAAACCGUCAGCAUCGACCACCACUCCUCCCUCCAUGUGACCCCCUCCACUGCUGGUUCGGACCUGUUCAGCAAGAACCCUGUCUGUCUUCUCUCCCCCGAGGGCGAAAUUGGUCCGUUCUGGGUCAAGGGGGAACUGAUCCGCUCGGACAUCGGUGAUGGCCAAGCUGGUAUCCCCAUCAUCAUGGACGGCCAGUUCAUCGACAUCAACACCUGCGAGCCGAUUCAGGAUCUCUACUGGGAUGUUUGGAACUGUAACGCGACAGGCGUGUACUCUGGCGUGCAGAGCAGCAUGAACGGAAACGGAAACGACGCUUCCAACCUCGACAAGACCUUCUUGCGAGGUAUCCAGAAGACUGACUCCGAUGGCGUGGCCCAGUUCAAGACUGUCUUCCCCGGCCACUAUGACGGCCGCGCUACCCACGUCCAUGUCGUCGCUCACAUGAAUGCCACGUUGAUGUCCAACAACACCCUCACUGGUGGCUACAUCCCGCAUAUCGGACAGCUCUUCUUCGACCAAGACCUCAUUUCUCAAGUCGAAGCCACCUACCCCUACAACACCAGCACGGUCGACAUUACCAAGAACGCAGAUGACCAUGUGGUUCAGGAUGAAACUGAAGAUAGCAACUCUGACCCCUUCUUCAAGUACGCUUAUCUCGGUGACUCGAUCGAGGAUGGCCUCUUUGCUUGGGUUACUAUGGGUGUUAACGUGUCGGCGAGCCACGAUUCGUCUGCCUCGUAUGCUGCUACUCUUACCUCAUCAGGUGGUGUGUCCAACAGUGACAGCUCCAAGGGUGGUUUCAAAUAG